AUGGUGAAAAACAUAACCGAAGAGGCGCAAGAGAGAUGGGCAGAAACCCAGAAGACGACGACACAUGUCCCUCGCGGAGGCCACAAAUCUGAAGAUGGCGAUGGCAUAAUUGACGGGAGCGAUCUUCAUACCCCAUUGAAUGGUCAGACCAAUGGAAGCAGCAAAAUUGAUUCUGCUGGCUCCAUCACUCUAUUUGCCAAUUCUGGGUUUCUCAGUAAGAUGUCGUUUUGGUGGUUAAACCCAUUGAUGAAAAGAGGUAAGGAUAAAACCCUUGAGGAUGAAGAUAUACCAAAGCUGCGUGAGGCAGAGCGGGCAGAAGCUUGUUACUUGCAGUUCGAGGAGCUAAUAAACAAGCAAAAACAAAUGGAUCCAUCAUCCCAACCAUCAAUUUUGAGGGCCAUAGUACUAUGCCAUUGGAAAGAGAUAAUCGUGUCUGGGUUCUUUGCACUGCUGAAGAUAAUCACCGUUUCUACUGGUCCUCUGCUUCUUAACGCAUUCAUUGAGGUUGCUGAAGGUAAAGAAAGUUUUAAAUAUGAGGGAUAUGCGUUGGCUAUAUUGCUUUUCUUUUGCAAGUGCUUGGAGUCCCUAUCACAAAGGCAAUGGUACUUCCGGAGCAGACUAAUAGGUCUAAAAGUUAGGUCUUUGCUAACGGCGGCCAUUUAUAAGAAGCAACUGAGACUAUCUAAUGCUGCAAAGAUAACGCACUCAUCUGGUGAGAUAAUGAACUAUGUUACCGUGGAUGCUUAUCGUAUUGGAGAGUUCCCUUUCUGGUUUCAUCAAACAUGGACAACAAGCCUCCAGCUCUGUUUCGCACUCAUAAUCCUCUUUCGUGCAGUGGGGUUCGCUACAAUUGCAUCCUUGGUGGUGAUAAUUCUCACUGUCCUUUGUAAUACUCCGCUUGCUAAAUUGCAACAUAGAUUCCAGUCGAGGCUCAUGAUUGCACAAGACGAGAGACUGAAGGCAAGUUCAGAGGCUCUUGUGAACAUGAAGGUUUUGAAACUAUAUGCUUGGGAAUCCCAUUUCAAGAAUGUCAUAGAAAAUUUGAGGUCAGUGGAACAUAAAUGGUUAGCAGCUGUUCAGUUACGUAAAGCAUAUAAUAGCUUUCUUUUUUGGUCAUCCCCUGUAUUGGUCUCUGCUGCUACUUUUGGAGCUUGUUAUUUCCUUGGCGUUCCAUUAUACGCUAGCAAUGUUUUCACCUUCGUAGCAACAUUACGUCUGGUUCAGGAUCCUGUCAGAUCUAUCCCUGAUGUUAUUGGUGUGGUCAUUCAAGCAAAAGUAUCAUUUGUAAGGAUUACAAAGUUUCUUCAGGCGCCUGAGCUGGAGAACGCACAAGUGCGGCAGAAAAGCAACAAAGAAAAAACAGACCACAACAUUGUCAUCAAGUCGGCCAAUCUUUCAUGGGAAGAAAAUCUUUUGAAACCCACACUUCGAAACGUUAGUUUAGAGGUUAGAUCUGGUGAAAAGGUUGCCAUAUGUGGAGAGGUUGGGUCAGGCAAGUCAACCCUUCUAGCAGCAAUUCUUGGAGAAGUACCAAAUAUCCAAGGAAGUAUUCAAGUACAUGGGAGCAUUGCCUAUGUUUCCCAGGCAGCAUGGAUUCAGACAGGAACCAUCCAAGAGAAUAUUCUAUUCGGGUCUGCUUUGGAUAAUCAUCGAUACCAAGAAACAUUAGAGAAGUGUUCAUUGUUGAAGGACCUCGAGUUGCUACCAUAUGGUGAUCUCACUGAAAUAGGAGAAAGAGGAGUUAAUCUUAGUGGUGGUCAGAAACAGCGGAUUCAACUAGCUCGUGCAUUGUAUCAGAAUGCUGAUAUAUAUGUCUUGGAUGAUCCAUUCAGUGCUGUUGAUGCUCACACUGCUUCAAGCCUAUUUAAUGUAAUUACUUUCUCACUUUUGCUGUUCAGUUUAUUCGUUUUGGUCUUUGGCUCAGUGUACGUUGACUUGUUUUUGCAGGAAUAUGUCAUGAAAGCUCUUUCGGAGAAAACAGUCUUACUUGUGACCCACCAAGUGGAUUUUCUCCCUUCAUUUGAUAAUGUUCUGUUGAUGUCAGAUGGGGAAAUCCUGCGUGCUGGUCCUUAUCACCAGUUACUGGCCUCGAGCCCAGAAUUUCAGGACCUAGUCAAUGCACACAAAGAGACCGCUGGUUCUGAAAGGCUUGCAGAGGUUACUUCUUCCCAGAGGCAUGAAACUCCUGCCAGAGAGAUCAGAAAGACUUAUACUGAGAAGAAAUCUAAAGCAUCUGGAGGUGAUCAGUUGAUCAAGCAAGAAGAAAGAGAAAUAGGCGACACUGGUUUCACACCUUACCUACAGUAUCUAAAUCAGAAUAAGGGUUUCUUGUUCUUCGCCCUGGCUGCUCUCUCUCACCUGACAUUUGUGAUUGGUCAGAUAUUACAGAACUCGUGGAUGGCAGCAAAUGUUGACAAUCCUCAAGUUAGCACAUUGCGGUUAAUCACGGUUUACUUGUUGAUUGGAUUAACUUCAACAUCAUUUUUGCUCGGUAGAUCUCUGUCCACAGUUGUUCUGGGUCUCCAAUCAUCAAAAUCUUUAUUCUCACAGCUAUUAUUCUCUCUCUUUCGUGCACCCAUGUCAUUUUAUGACUCCACACCUCUGGGAAGGAUACUAAGCCGGGUGGCUGUUGAUUUAAGUAUUGUAGACCUUGAUGUUCCAUUUACCUUGGUUUUCGCUCUUGGGGCAACCAUGAAUGCUUAUGCUAAUCUUGGAGUGCUAGCUGUUGUUACAUGGCAAAUCUUGUUUGUCUCCAUACCGAUGGUGUAUCUGGCAAUUCGCUUACAGAGAUACUACUUUGCCUCUGCGAAAGAGUUGAUGCGGCUUAAUGGCACAACCAAAUCUUUGGUAGCAAACCAUCUUGCUGAAUCUGUGGCAGGAGCAAUGACAAUAAGGGCAUUUGAGGAGGAAGACCGGUUCUUUGCAAAGAACCUUGACCUCAUUGACAUAAAUGCCAGUCCAUUCUUCCACAACUUUGCAGCUAAUGAAUGGUUGAUCCAAAGGCUGGAAACACUUAGUGCAACUGUUCUUGCCUCGUCAGCGCUCUGCAUGGUUUUGCUUCCUACUGGAACUUUCAGUUCUGGAUUUAUUGGAAUGGCUUUGUCAUAUGGUCUAUCAUUAAACAUGUCCCUCGUUUUCUCCAUCCAAAAUCAGUGCACUUUGGCAAAUUACAUCAUCUCUGUCGAAAGGCUUAACCAGUACAUGCACAUACCUAGUGAAGCUCCCGAAGUGAUAGAAGAGAACCGUUCCCCAGUUAGUUGGCCAGCCGUGGGUAAAGUGGUGAUUCAAGAUUUGCAGUGCACUUUGGCAAAUUACAUCAUCUCUGUCGAAAGGCUUAACCAGUACAUGCACAUACCUAGUGAAGCUCCCGAAGUGAUAGAAGAGAACCGUUCCCCAGUUAGUUGGCCAGCCGUGGGUAAAGUGGUGAUUCAAGAUUUGCAGAUCAGAUAUAGGCCUGACGCACCACUUGUUCUUCGUGGGAUUAGUUGCAUAUUUGAAGGAGGGCAUAAGAUCGGUGUAGUUGGUCGGACAGGCAGUGGAAAGACUACUCUCAUUGGUGCUCUCUUCCGUUUGGUGGAGCCAGUUGGGGGCAAGAUUGUUGUAGAUGGAAUUGACAUCUCUUUAAUUGGACUUCAUGAUUUGAGGUCACGGUUUGGUAUUAUACCACAAGAUCCUACUCUUUUUACCGGUACUGUGAGAUACAAUUUGGAUCCUUUAUCUCAGCACACAGACCAGGAAUUAUGGAAGGUUCUCGGGAAGUGUCAGCUUAGCGAAGCUGUUCAGGAGAAAGACGAGGGGCUGGACUCCUUAGUUUUAGAAGAUGGAUCAAAUUGGAGCAUGGGGCAGCGACAAUUGUUUUGCCUGGGCCGUGCCCUGUUGAGGAGAAGUAAGAUUUUGGUGCUCGACGAAGCAACUGCAUCCAUUGACAAUGCAACUGAUUUGAUUUUGCAGAAAACUAUCAGAACUGAAUUUGCUGAUUGCACUGUGAUCACAGUGGCUCAUAGAAUACCAACUGUGAUGGAUUGCACAAUGGUCCUAGCCAUCAGUGAUGGGAAACUAGUGGAAUAUGAUGAACCCAUGACGUUGAUGAAGAAAGAAAGCUCACUCUUUGGGCAGCUCGUCAAGGAAUACUGGUCCCAUUCUCAAUCUGCCGAAACACUUUGA